CUCAUCACAUCUAGUGGCAUCAAGCGCAAUUAAUAAUACAAGAUUCAUUCCAUCGGCGGAUAAUAUGGAAAACCAAGAUACCUUUGAGCUGUACUCGUUCUGGAGUUCCUCAUGUUGUCAGCGGAUCAUAAUCGCAGCUCAUCUCAAAGGCAUCACGCUCAAAUAUAAUUAUGUCGAUCUGAGGGCAAGAGGACAUCAUGACGCAAAAUACAAAGAUGAACUGAAUCCAAGUGCUAGUGUGCCGACCUUGGUUGUGCAUCACCCCGACGGCACCAAGACCAUUAUCAGACAAUCCAUGACAAUCCUCGAGUACUUUGAGGAAAGAUUCCCGAACCAAAGCCCUCUGCUGCCACCUGUCUCAGCUUGGCAGGAUCGCAUCAAGGUACGCGACCUAGUCAACAUCAUCGCGAUCGAUGUUCAGGCGCCUACCAAUUCCCGGAUUGCCAAGCGUGUCAGGUCCGUGCGGGAUAACGUGGAGGACCAGGUCGGCUUCGUUAGGCAGGCAUUCACAGAUGGCUUCCAGGCGUAUGAAGCCCUGAUCUCCGCAUCUAGCAAGUUUUCUUUCGGCGAUGAAGUGUCACUGGCCGAUGUUGUGUUGGUUCCCGCGGUCGAUCAGGCAUUGAUGUACAAAAUGGAUUUAGACUUCGUGCCCAAUCUCCUGAGAGUCUAUCACUCACUAAAAGAGCUAGAAGCUUUCAAGGCUGGAGAUGGGAAGAACCAGGGCGAUACCCCGGAGCAGUUCCGGGCCGCUUCCCAGUAGCUCUGGCCACUAGGCGGAGAGUCCCAUUCGGCAGGUCCUAUAUGCAUCUGCCGGGACACGUUUGUAUAUACCAUAUCUGCCGCACGAUAAGUUGAUAGUUCUGUAACUAAUUGGACAAGUCCCAAUGGUGAAUAGAUAAAUUAAUAGAGAACUAACAAAA